CCAUGGCGUCCCGUCGACCAAACAAACAGACGCGCGUCCACGCCCGUCCGUCGCACCGACUAACCUCUCCGUCGGCGGCCACCCGGCAGACGGGCGGCAGGACCAGGGUCACGAUGGCGAGCUCGGGGUCCACCGCGGCCGGCGCGCUGCCGGUGCUGUUGCUGCUGCUGCUUACCUUCACAGGGGGUCACGCGGUCCAAGUGCAGGGCGCCGGGCUGGCGGAGACGUCGUCGGCGUCGUCCCCCGGCGGCGCGCCGCGGUACGUGAUGGCGGGCCAGGGCGCCGUCCUGGAGUGCCGCUUCACCCUGGAGCCCGGCGAGCAGCUGCAGGGCGUGACCUGGACCAAGGACUCGCACCUCGUGUACCGGUGGCUGCCGGGGCGCGGGGCCGCCGCCGCGGGCCGCACUCUGGCUUUCGGCGCGCUCGAGGACGCCGUCGUGGACGCCGCCCCGGACGGGAGCCCCGGCUGGAACGUGCGCAUCGCGCGGGCCACCACGGCCAUGGCGGGCAACUACUCGUGCAGCGUGCACACGGACCGCGGCAGCGCCGCGUCCCGCCGCUUCCACUUCGCCGUGCUCCUGGUCUGCAAGGCGCGCAUCGAGACGGAGGACUCGACGGGCGUCAACUGCACCGUCGGCUGGCGCGUCACCUGCGCCAGGGUGUUCCCGGACCUCAACCUGACGGCCGGCGUGUUCGACCCGGAGCAGGGCAGGUUCUUCGACCGCGUCACCGAGUGGACCAAGGUGGUGUACUCGGACAACACCUACGGCUACAACGCCUUCAAGAGCUACCACGUCGCCGAGAUUCCAAAGUCCUCCGUCUUCCUGUGGAGCCUGAGCUUCCAGGACCAGACGCCUCUCGUGUCGGGUAACGUCUCGUCCGGAGCCGUGCACCGCGCCUGGGCGGGCUACAAGGGCUGCGCCGAGCCGCCCGCCCCACGCGAGCCCACCCUGCAGGUGCAGGUGGAGUACGCGCGGGCGGGUCCGGACCACGACUGCAGCAGGGGCCCGCAGGGGCCGAGCGCUGGGAGCGCCACCAGGGCCGUGUACACGUGCGCCAACGAGAUCCCGGACCAGGUAGCCGCCAAGGAGCUCGUCUGUUCCGCCGGAGAGUGGGUCGAAGCAGAACCCGGGGCGCCGUGGCCCGAGUGCUGAAGCGGGAGGACAAGUCUAUUGUCUUCAAGGACAGCUUCUCACAAGAGUAAUGAGAAGGCGUAGAAGCGAAGGAUGUGACGGUAGGGUCGUUGGACAAGUCCAACUUAAAGCUGUAUGGCGAAACUUGUGUCAAAUAUACUUGAUAUAGCAU